GGUGAAAGAAGAGAUCUCGGAUGACAAUGCCAAGCUUCCCUGCUUCAACGGCCGUGUGGUGUCGUGGCUGGUGUCUGCAGAGGGUUCCCAUUCAGAUGCUGGCUCAGUCUGUGCCGAUAACCAAACAGAGCUGCCACCCUCCAUGGAGCGCACAGGAGGAAUUGGAGACUCCAGGCCCCCCUCUUUCCACCCUAACACUGGUGGGAGUCGGGAAAACUUGGACAAUGAGACAGAGACAGACUCAGUGGUGUCAUCGCAAAGGGAAAGACCUCGUCGGAAAGAUGGGCCUGAGCAUGCACCCAGGGUGAAUGGUACAGUGAAGGGAGAGCGACGCCGAGACCUGGGUGGGUACGAGAGCUCCUCGACACUCAUGAGCAGUGAGCUGGAGACCACCAGCUUCUUCGAUUCAGAUGAAGACGACUCCACCAGCAGGUUUAGCAGUUCGACAGAGCAAAGCAGUGCUUCCCGUCUAAUGAGGAGGCACAAGCGACGCCGGCGGAAACAGAAGGCUCCACGCAUUGAGCGGUCAUCGUCCUUCAGCAGCAUCACAGACUCCACCAUGUCCCUGAACAUCAUCACGGUCACGCUGAACAUGGAGAAAUACAACUUCUUAGGCAUUUCUAUUGUGGGACAGAGCAAUGAGCGUGGAGAUGGAGGCAUUUACAUUGGCUCUAUCAUGAAGGGUGGUGCUGUGGCCGCUGAUGGCAGGAUUGAACCAGGAGACAUGCUCUUGCAGGUAAAUGACAUCAACUUUGAGAACAUGAGCAAUGAUGAUGCUGUGCGGGUGCUGAGGGAGAUUGUGCACAAGCCGGGGCCCAUCACCCUGACGGUGGCGAAGUGCUGGGACCCUAGCCCCCGGGGCUGCUUCUCGUUACCCAGGAGUGAGCCCAUCCGGCCCAUUGACCCGGCAGCCUGGGUGUCUCACACGGCAGCGAUGACUGGCACCUACCCAGCGUACGGUAUGAGUCCAUCCAUGAGCACAAUCACUUCCACCAGCUCCUCCAUCACCAGCUCCAUCCCAGAGACUGAACGCCUCGAUGACUUUCACCUGUCCAUCCACAGCGACAUGGCCACCAUUGUCAAAGCCAUGGCCUCACCAGAGUCAGGCCUGGAGGUGCGUGACCGCAUGUGGCUGAAGAUCACCAUCCCCAAUGCCUUCAUAGGUUCGGAUGUAGUGGAUUGGCUCUAUCACCAUGUGGAAGGCUUUACAGACCGUCGUGAAUCCCGCAAAUAUGCCAGCAAUCUGCUGAAGGCCGGCUACAUCCGACAUACCGUGAACAAGAUCACCUUCUCGGAGCAGUGCUAUUACAUCUUCGGGGACCUCUGUGGAAACAUGGCUAAUCUGUCUCUUCACGAUCACGAUGGCUCCAGCGGUGCCUCCGAUCAGGACACUUUGGCUCCGCUCCCCCACCCAGGAGCCGCACCCUGGCCUAUGGCUUUCCCCUAUCAGUAUCCACCGCCUCAUCCAUACAACCCCCACCCCGGCUUCCCUGACCCAAGCUACAGCUACGGAGGGGGCAGUGCAGGCAGCCAGCACAGUGAAGGGAGCCGGAGCAGCGGUUCCAAUCGCAGCGGCAGCGAGAGGAGGAAGGAAAGAGAGAAGACCGGGGAGUCCAAGUCAGGCGGCAGUGGGAGCGAGUCGGACCACACCACGAGGAGCAGCAUGCGGCGUGAGCGCGCGGCCAGCGAGCGCUCGGUGCCGGCCAGCCAGCACAGCCAGCGUAGCCAGCACUCUCUGGCUCACAGCAUCCGCAGCCACCACAGCCAGCAGUCAUAUGGGCCGCCCGGCCUCCCCCCUCUCUUCAGCCCCCCCCUGUUGCUGAUGC